UCGUAAUGGCGCAUUUUUUCUUUUUACGAUUAUAAAAUUUUUCUAAUUUAUCAUCCGAUAUUUGUUGCUUUUCCGAUUUCAAUUUUGCAAUCAUCCUUGUAGUUAUUGGUAUUCUCAUAGUGGUAUUAAAUAAACAACGCUUUUUAACUUCAUAACACUGAUUGUCUGAAAACAUAAUCAAAUUAAGUUUCAUAUUACUGACUUUGCCGGCAUCCCUUUAAGACUUUUCAAGUGAUCUAAUGAAUUCACUAUUAGAUUACGGAUCUUCUUCAUCAAGUGAUACUGAGGAAGAUGAAACUGUUGAUGACGAAAAAUACAAUAAGGAUGAAUCAAAGCCUAAACUCCCUAAACCGACCCUCGGUGAAAAUAGUCUUCAAACUUCAGUUUUUUCAAAUCCAUUUGCUCAGGCUGAGUUAGCAAAAGCUGCUAUACUGGAGAAACAUGUAAAAAUGAUUCCAGGUAAAGACAAUAUGCAGAUGAUAAACGGAAGAAAGAUCUGCUGGAACUAUAGAAAGGGCAGAUGUCGAUUUGGUCACAACUGCAAAUAUGGACAUGAUUCGGACAUACUUAAAACAGAUGAAGAGCUACAUGCAGAGAAACAGAAAUUAAAAACUGUGGUAUGUGAAGGUGCGGGAACAAUGUCAUCGGCACCACCACCACAAGUUAUAAUUGAAGCAUCAUCAACUGAUGAUGAUGUUUGGGAAGGUGGAGCUGGUAAGAAGAAGAAGCGACCAGGACUAACCACUGGACUGGUGCCAGGAAAAAAGGUUAUUAAGAUGUACAAGGAACAAAAACUGAAAGAUGCGAUAAAGAAAGGAGUAUAACAUAUUAUAUACAUAUUGAUAUAAAAUCUUGACAAAUAGUUUGAAAUUAUCAUAACAAUGUUAAUCUUUGAAUAAAAUGCCCGUAGGUGUAAUAGUUUCCCAUGUUAACUUAUCACUUCAAGAUCUUACUCUUUCCAUUAUGUUUAAAAUAAUAUUCCAAUUUCAAAUGUUUUGCAUUCCUUUGUUACUGUAGGUUUUAAUUGCAGACACUUGUAUAGAUAUAAAUUGUACUCUGUUUUGACAGAGUAUGUAACAGUGCCAGACAAGGAUAUCUGCCCGAUGAGUAGAAGUUAAACUAUUAUACAACAGCUCACUACCUCUACAGCCACCCUGUGAACAUCAACAAAGUGUCACAAGUUCCUUUUCAUACUCAAGCUGUCAUGUCAUGUUUCUUUUUUGUAUUGUUGACUAAAUAGUCAAAGGAGGAUAUCAGAGCUGUUGAAAAGUGAUACUGCUCUGGUUAAUUCUGUUACAAAAUGUGUAAAAUUUACAGACAUAGAUGACAUAAAAGACAUGACAUGUUUUUGUGACACUUUCUUGACAUUGACAAGGGACAGGCAGUGAGCUGUCAUAAUAUAGUUUGAUUUAAGCCCAUUGGGCUAGAUAUCCUUGUCAGUCUAUACAAAUAGGUGUUUAAUUGCAUCAAUUAUGUUAUCAUAAUAUUUAAGCAUAUUGUUAAAGUUACAAUUAAGUCUCCACCUAUCUGACAGUUCUUAGGAUUUAUUCUUUGUGUACCUGUAGUAUACAUCUCUUUCAGAUUUGAAAGUUGUUGAAUAGGGUGUUUAUUUGUAAGCCCAUAGAAAAUAAAAACAUUUAUAGAUCAAUCUACGUUUAUUUACUCAAGUGGAAUGUGUUUGAUGUUUUAUAUUUCAAAGAUUUAUUUCUUGCCAAGAAUAUAAAUAAAAGUCAAUAUAUCAUUGCAUGUAUUUUUUAUUAGGAAAUGACGCAAAAAACAUGCAGCAAUUAGCCCAUAAGGCUUUUAAUGGCACUAUGUCGUGUUUUUCACUGAUAUACUGAACAGACAAAAUGCAGAAGACUUAAAAUAUUUAAUUUGAUUAAAAGUUCUUUUAAAGUUUGAGAGAAAAUUAAGAUUUUACUUAUGCUAUGACAAUUGAAAAAGCAAACAAAGGAUCACUUUCACUGUUUUUAUGUUAUAAAAUAAACGACAUUAACAAUUGUUGUUAAUCGACAUAUUUUAAAUGUUGUGUUACACAAGUACAACUUUUUAAGGUUUUGCUUCUACGAUUUCACUACAAAGGUACAUAAUGAUAUCACUACAUUAAGCACAGCCAUUAAAAUUAUGUCCGAAGAUAAUAAAACCGAACCUGCGGAAAUAUUAUAGAAAGGCGCAAAUACACUCGGAACGAACUGGUCGAUCCCAGCAGAAAACAUGAAAUACAAUAUUUUGCUGUGCUAAUAAAUAUAAAUUUAAUUGAUGCACUAAAAAUAGUGAUUUAUUUCAUUCUUUACAUCAAUACACAGAAAUAAUCCAUACAUUUUUCUAAUGAUUAAAAAUAGCAAUGAUAAAAAUUAAAAUAAGUACAUUCAAAAUCAUAUUUAUUUGCAGUCACAAAAUUCAUUACCUAAUUUUUUGAUAAGUUUUAUUGUUGCCAUCUUUAGCGAAAACAGAUUUGCUCCACUACAACAUACAUAAAACAACGCGGACAAACUACAGUCACUAUGACGCUACAACAUCAAGAUCUUUAAAUUUUUAUUUCUAAUCAAUAAUGCAUGAAAUCGAUUGGCCUCAGCUAGCAAUAAAUAUAUUUUAAGAAUAAAAACUCCAUAAGAGAAUAUUUUACCAACUUAUAAAUAAAAUCAUUGUUAAAUUCAUCUAGUGUUGUAGUUUCAAUGCAACAACGCUUAUUUUAAAUAUUGCGUUUAUUAAGUACUAUGACAGGUAUAUGCGAAAUACAUUGAAUACAAUACUGUGUAAAGGCACAAACAAUAUAAACGAGUUUACAUCUCGAUAUUGCAAUCUUUUAGUUUUGCACGGCGCAGUGUUUUAUACAUAAUAAUUCAGGAAAAUAUAAAAAUAGAUUUUAUUUGACUUUUACAAAAUUACACGAAUAUACAAUUGCAUGAAACUGAUCGAAUUGCAAUAGCGGUAUCGUAGUUAUUUACUAGACACGAUUUUUUUCACUUUAUUUAACCUUAACUUCUAUAAAAUUUUCAUGUGUAUAUUGAAACAUUAUGAAGAGGAAUUUUAUAAAGUCGUAAUUCUAGAAUACAUU